GACAGUUAAAAUAUACAAACAACACGACGUUACAUUUAUCGGUUAUUUUGUGGAAAAUAAUAGCAUAGAUAGGAAUCAAUCAUUAACGAUGAGAUCACUGAUAUCGUAAAUUACAUUUGAUUGGUUAAUUCAGACGAGAUAAACGAAUCUAUCACUCAAAGAGAUAUGUUUCAUGAUUUAACGAAUUCAGAAAGAUUCGCGCAGCAGUGUCUUCCAAUAACCUCUUUUUACUAAAGUUAAGUUAUAUGCAAAGCAAAAAUCCUGCGAAUGAGUUACGAAGGAUAUAUGAAAACUUUAAUCAUCAUAUCAUAAUAGCAGCAGACUCAUGAUAUUUAAUUAAUGAAAAUCAAAUUUCAUAUUCUACGCGACUAAGAUUCUGAUAAAAAUAAAGAGCAACAUACAUUAUGACAGUAGAGCUACAAUGGCAGAAGAAUUUAUAUGAAAAUUAUGGUCUACCGGAUAAUUAUACGGAUAGCUCAUUCUUAGAACAAUUACGCAAAAUAAAACCAAAUAAUGUAACAUUAAUCGAAGCAAUAACUUUCGGUGGCAGCAUAUGCAUUCAGCUAAAUAUUGUCAUUCUUUUUGUUAUUAUAUUUAUUUGGUUAUACAAUGAAUGGGCCAGCCCUGAUAUCAUAUUUGUUUUUGGGGUAAUAUUCACAAUAUUGGGUUAUUUUACAUAUUGUUUGAAAGAGGCAAGUACUUUAAUAGAGUUCACAAAACAUGUUAGAACUGUAUUGAUUUUUCUUACAUUUGGAUAUAUUUUGUCACCUGUUUUGAAAACUUUAACGGAUACCAUUAGUACAGAUACAAUUUAUGCCAUGACAAUAUUAAUGUUCUUGGUACAUUUAAUAUUUAGUAAGUACGGUCCUUUACAGAUCUCUUUGUCCGAUUCUUUGUCCAUAACAUCUUCAAUAUUUGGCUCUUUAAUGCUAGCAUCCAGAUUGGCAUCUCCCUUACAUGCCUUUUCUCUUCUCACUGUAUCUGUUCAGUGUUUUGUUUUAUUACCGUUUUUAAUGCAUAAAUUAACUAGCAAAAUACUGAUCUCAAAUCUUUUAACAUUAAAUACAUUAUAUUUUCUUCUACUAGUUUCACAAACUCUUUCUUAUGUAUUUAUUGCAACUAUAGUAUUUUUACAUUUUAUUUGCCCUUAUUGGUAUGUAAGAUGCCAGAAGUAUAAGGAUAAUAUUUAUGGGCCAUGGGAUGAGGCUGUUAUUACUUCUUAGAAAAUAUUUAAUACAUUUUCUUCUACUUAUUGUAAUAUAUGGAAUUGUAAAUUUAAAAAAAAGGCAUAUUAUAAAUAUUUAUUAUUAAUACACAACAUAAUUUUAAUAUAGCAACAAAAUAUAACUAUGAAAAUGUAUUUUACAUAUAUAUUAUUGUGUUUAACAAAA